UUUUCUCAGUCACCAUCAAACGGUUGAUGGCAUUAGUCGCAAUAUCUAUUAAAUAGACGAAGAAAACUUUGCUGGAUUUUCCUUAAGAAAUUAUUAAAGAAAAAAUUAACAUGCAAGCAACCACAACAUCGACAACAAAUCCCACCAACUCAGGGCGACCGCCACCUCUUACCAUGAAAAAUUUUCAACCUGGCUAUAUGGCAACCCUUGGCGCCGGUGUUUGCCUUUUUGUUUCGGGUGGCAUGAGUUUUGGCCAAAGUUUAGGCUGGUUUUUUGUGUAUUUCAAUAGUCCAUUCACUUUGCAUUUGUUCUACAGCUGGUUUAUUGCUGUAGCCAUUGGAGCCGUGCUUUCGGUGUUAUUGGGCUAUGUACUGCCCAAGAAAUUUAUUAUGGCUGUUUCGGCGAUAUUGAUUCUAGUCGGUGGAAUUACCCGAGUCAGUGUCCCAACGAACUAUAGUGUUCUAAUUGUGGCACGUUAUUUUAAUGGCAUUGGACUGGGUAUGGCCACUGUUCAGUAUCUAAUGUAUGCCAGUGAAUUGUCUCGCAAUACCAGACGUGGUUUCUCCUUGGGCCUCGAACAGUUUUGCAUCAGUCUGGGCCUGGCCCUGCAAAUGAUAAUGACUUCGCAGUGGAGUUUAUCAUCGAGCUUUUCCCAGAAUAGUCUCCAGGGGAUAUUUGAUAUUAUUUUGGCCGCAGUAUCCAUGGGCUGUCUGUGGUAUUUCAUUGAAUCCCCAGUAGACUAUGUACGUUUGGGUGAUGAUGCUGCUGCCCUGGAUUGUUUGAGUAAGUUGCAAGACACACCCGCCAUUACCAUGCAGACCAAUCAACGCCUGGAGGAACUCAAGGAUUAUGUGAGAGAAGAAAACAGUUUGUCCAGCUCCGAAGUCGUACUGCGCAGCCUAGUACCAUUGCUUAAAAUGUUGGCAUUUCGCAGUAUGAUAAUGUCGCUCAGCUAUUCGCCGGUCAUUACCAAUGCCCUGACAUACACGAUGUUUGUCUUGGAUGUCAGCUGGACACCAAUAUUGGCCGGUUCUUUGCGCAUUUUCGGCAGCGGCAUAUCCAUGGCCAUUGUUGAUAUAGCCGGUCGCAAAUUACCCGCCAUUGCUUGGGCCCUUGCCAUCGGUGGUCUCAUCGUACCAAUUGCUGUUAUUCUGGAUUAUUUCUAUAGCAUUUAUGACAGUCAUAGAAUGUUCAAAGUCGCUGCCUUUUGGAUUGCAAUCCAUGUUGCGGAUGGUCUCUAUGCGCCCGUAACCUCGGUCUACUUGGGCGAAGCAUUUCCUCUCCAUUCGAAAGGCAUUUGCAUAGCCUUGUGUGUUGUUGUCGAACAAAUCAUACAAAUCGUUAUUUUCGUAACCCAUCCCAAGGAUGAAGUCGUUAUAAUGGCCUCGGGUAUUAUAAUCCUAGUCGCGGCAGCAGUAUUUCUGAUAACAAUGCCCGAAACGAAGAAGACAUCGCUGAGGGAGGCUCAAGCAGGUUUUAGAAAAUUCUUUAAUUUUAAGAUGUUUUAAGCAAAACGAUAAUGGAAAAAACUACAAAGAGAAUGUUUUCGGAAAAUCAAAAAAAAAUAAAUUAUUGAAAAAAAAAAGUUCGUAGUAUGGUCGUUCCUGAAACAUUCCUCAAUUCACAAUUGUAGCUGCAAUGUUCCUUAAAAAACAGGAUUAAAAAUACGCAAAUAAAGCUGAGAUGGGCAGAAUAUAUAUUUAAAAAAUGUCUGGUUGCAACUGAAACUCUUGGAAAAAUUUUAAUAAAAAACCGAAAUUAUA